GCAGGGAAUUGUAGUCCACGUAGCUGCCGGCUCUGAGAGGGGCGGGGAAGAGCCGGGUCGCUCCCGUCAGCUGAGGAGAAUGAUUCAUAGAGGAGGGUCAGGAGAGAACAGUUCUGUCCGCAAGAGCCCACUUAAAAGGCUGGACUCUUCUCCGAGGGAGGGAGAGGCAGGAGAGUAAGCGAGGCCUCGGGCCUGACCCCGCCUCAGGCCGCUCGUCCGGCCUCUCCCGAGUCCUGGGCCUUGUCGGGGGCGGCCGCGAGGCGCCGGUUGCUGGGGGACCGUGACGUCGCGGGGUGAAAGUUGAGGGGCGGUGACGUCGGCCCUGCCCGGGCGGAGGCUGGCGGGUUGGAGGCAGGAGGGAGGGAGGGAAGGAGGGAAGGAAGGAAGCUGGGAACGAGCGAGCGAGCGGGGGCGCGAGGCGUUUACCUGGAGGCAGCGGCUUGGGCGCGCAGAGCGGCCGCGGCUCCCCCGCACCUGCGGCCAUGGAUGAGGAGCGCGCCCUCUACAUCGUCCGGGCCGGCGAAGCGGGGGCUAUCGAGCGGGUCCUGAGGGAUUACAGCGAUAAGCAUAGGGCUACUUUCAAAUUUGAAUCAACAGAUGAAGAUAAAAGAAAGAAACUCUGUGAGGGGAUAUUUAAAAUCCUUGCAAAGGACAUCCCAACAACAUGUCAAGUGUCCUGCCUGGAAGUUCUCCGCAUUCUCUCCAGAGACAAAAAGAUUUUAGUUCCUGUAACAACCAAGGAAAAUAUGCAGAUACUGCUGCGACUAGCCAAGCUAAAUGAGUCGGAUGAUUCUUUGGAGAAGGUGUCAGAGUUCCCAGUUAUUGUGGAGUCAUUAAAAUGUCUGUGUAACAUAGUGUUCAACAGUCAGAUGGCACAGCAGCUUAGUCUGGAACUUAAUCUUGCUGCAAAGCUCUGUAACCUCCUGAGAAAGUGCAAGGACCGAAAGUUUAUCAAUGACAUUAAGUGCUUUGACUUGCGCUUGCUCUUCCUCCUAUCACUUUUGCACACCGACAUCAGAUCACAAUUGCGCUAUGAGCUCCAGGGACUACCGCUGCUGACCCAGAUCUUGGAAAGUGCCUUUAGCAUCAAGUGGACCGAUGAAUAUGAAUCGGCCAUAGACCAUAAUGGACCUCCUCUCUCACCUCAGGAGACAGACUGUGCCAUUGAGGCCCUCAAAGCUCUCUUCAAUGUGACGGUAGACAGUUGGAAGGUGCAUAAAGAGAGUGAUUCUCAUCAGUUCCGUGUCAUGGCAGCUGUCCUUCGCCAUUGUUUACUAAUCGUAGGUCCAACUGAAGACAAAACAGAAGAGCUGCACAGCAAUGCAGUCAACCUUUUAAGCAAUGUUCCGGUCUCUUGUUUGGAUGUUCUCAUUUGUCCAUUAACCCACGAAGAAACGGCCCAAGAGGCAACGACACUAGAUGAACUGCCCAGUGAUAAAACGUCUGAGAAAGAAACUGUUUUGAAAAACAAUACCAUGGUAUACAAUGGUAUGAAUAUGGAAGCCAUUCAUGUUUUACUCAGUUUUAUGGAGAAGAGAAUAGACAAGGGAAGUAGCUAUAGAGAAGGUCUAACUCCAGUUCUCAGCUUACUAACAGAAUGUUCCCGAGCCCAUCGAAAUAUCAGAAAAUUUCUCAAAGAUCAGGUAUUACCACCAUUGAGGGAUGUGACAAAUCGACCUGAAGUUGGCUCAACUGUGAGAAAUAAGCUGGUGCGCCUCAUGACACAUGUUGACCUUGGAGUCAAGCAAAUUGCUGCUGAAUUCCUUUUUGUCCUUUGCAAAGAGAGAGUGGAUAGCCUGCUGAAAUACACUGGCUAUGGGAAUGCUGCAGGACUGUUGGCGGCCAGGGGCCUUUUGGCUGGAGGAAGAGGAGAUAAUUGGUACUCAGAGGACGAGGACACAGACACUGAAGAAUACAAAAAUGCAAAACCAAACAUUAAUCUUAUCACUGGUCAUUUAGAGGAACCAAUGCCAAACCCCAUAGAUGAAAUGACAGAAGAACAAAAAGAAUAUGAAGCCAUGAAACUUGUCAACAUGCUUGAUAAACUUUCCAGAGAGGAGUUGCUUAAACCAAUGGGACUGAAGCCCGACGGGACAAUCACGCCUUUGGAGGAGGCCCUCAGCCAGUACUCUGUCAUCGAAGAGACCAGCUCGGACACAGACUGAGAACGUCACUUGCCCAGCACUCAGUACUGCUUUUAUUAGCAUCUUUUCUCUGUAGCUCCAGGGGAGUCUUUUCUCUAAAACAUUUAUGCCCUUGCUUUGGCUAGAAACACAUUAACUGGUUUACUCAUUGAGAAUCCAGCAUAUUUAAGAGGUGAUCCUGUGUUUUUGCGAUACCGAGGCAUUCAUCCAGAGCUGCAGGUAGAUGGAGUGGCAGGGGCUAACCACAGGAAAGAGGAAUUCCGUUUCAUCAGGAUGGAACUGCAGGACUUCAUCCUGUAAAGCAGCCCCAGUUGAAUCUGGCCGUUCUGUUUGCCAAGGUUCUUAGAAGAUUGAGUCGUGGCCUUCCUCUCGCUUGUGAAAGCUGCCCCUUCUGAAUCUCUCCAGCAGACGGAGGCGCGUCGGCAGCAGAGCAAGCUGCUAAGGGCUGAGGCAAGUGACCUAUUAGAUCAGAACCGACUACAUGGAAGCCAAGCAGCUGCUCCAUAAACCUGGCCCCACUCUUCAUUUCAAUUUUGUACAAAUAUGUGGAAAUGCACACACAACAUGCACACACACAGCCCCAGACUUACAAACAGAUUACAUUCUAAAAGUUUGUAAGUCCCUUAUCGAGAACUUCAGAAUACAUUUCUCCCUAUAAAGGGUUAUAAAUGAUGGUUUAGUUCUGAGGCAGCUACAGAUGCCUAUUUAUUCCCUUAUGUACCUUAACACUAGUAGCAUAGAACUGAACCCCCAUCUGUAUCAUUGCAUGGGAGCAUGCAUUCUGAGGUCUAACUCGGGGUGCCAGGAACACACAUCCUCCAACCCAGCAGAGGGGAUGGGGCCUCCCGGCACACUGGGAGUUCUCUCGUGGCCUCCACCAGGGAUGGAGGAAGUCAGCAGCACCCAUUUGUACAUAUAGGUCAUUCAUAUGUCACAGGUUUUAAACUGGGGACUGUGUGUGCGCUUGUGUGUGUGUUCUACUUUCUACCGUAUGUGAUCAGUUUAAUGGUAACUUUAUUUAUUUAAAAAAAAAAAGAAACACAGAUAGUUACUGUUAAACUGAUUAAGGCUGUUUAUUUUUACUUUUAGAAUUGGUCAUAUGAAGAAGUAGAAUAUGAAUCCUGCAAUAGACAGUGGGCCUAGCUAAUCAGUGGCUAAAGCUGAAAGGGGUUGGUUUCCUUUUAUAUAUGUAUGUAUGUAUACAUAUACAUACAUAUAUACAUAUAUACACAUAGAUAAUGUGCUUAACCACUGCCUUUUAAAACUUUAAAUUAAAUAAAACAUUGGGGUUGAUUCAAUUUA